AUGCCAGUAACAGGUCCAGCCCCAAGCAACCGCCGCAUGCCUCUCAGCUGCGAGCCAUGUCGCCGACGGAAGAUCAAGUGCCCACGCAACAACAGCCGUGGCCGAACGCCUUGCGACACUUGUGUACGCAGGGGCGUACCGGUCAACGAGUGCAUCUAUCUUCGAGAUCAAUCAUCACUGCGUAAUGUUCUGGUGCCCCGACAUGCCGACAACUCGGCUCUUGUGGCUCGCAUCGACCGACUCGAGGAAUUGCUGCGACAAAGCGUCUCGAGUGCUGGUCCAGAGCCCAGAACGCCACAUACAGGACUGGACCUGGAAGAAGAACAGGAAGCAGGGCCAGGACAAGAACAGGCAGCAGAUUUUCUUUCGCCGGAAUCGACCCUCCAGCAGUCGGCAACCACUUGGUCUUCCACCCAAAGUGAUUCGUCACUCACCCAACCUCAUACAGCCAUGCCGCCAGUUGGAGUCAUUAUCCGAUAUGAAUCUGGCCAUGAGCGAUUUGAGUCGGUCUCUUCACAAUUGUCGCCUAUGAUUCAAAACAAUCCUGUCGUGGUUGGAGUGAAGACGGACAUGGCUGAAAACAUAUGCGGAUCCAUGCCAUUCUCUAUGAACAACUCAAGCAUUGCUGAUCUGCUAGAGUUGCUCCCUCCUGCCUCUUAUUGCGAGCAACUUAAGAAGCUCUAUUUUGACACUUUUGCACCACUUUUUCAUAUCCUGCACGACCCUACAUUCGAAAUUGACUACCUUCGCUUUCAGUCUGACCCCGAGAAAGUAUCCUUGCCUUGGCUGGCGCUGUUGUUCGCCAUACUCAGCAUAGCCGUCAUCGCCUUGCCUCAAGAUAGCCCGCUGCUUCGAGAGCUGGGUAAACGCAAAUCUGUGCUCGACAACAUGUCGUUACUUAGUAGCCGAUUUAGAGGAGGGGUCAUGAAAUGCCUCGAAGCAGAUCACUAUCUAUGGAGACACAACAUGAAUACUCUGCAAACUCUGGUGAUUCUGAUAUACGGAAUAAAUCAUACUCAUGGACAAUCGUGGGCUUUGCUCGGUGCGGCACGGAAUAUCGCACUCUCUCUUGGCUGCCAUAUUGAGCCAACAGUCUUCCAGAUGGAUCCAAUCAGAGCGGAAGAAAGACGCCGAUGCUGGGCUGGACUGAAAAUGCUUUACACGAUACAGAACACAACUCUAGGCAUCUUGGAUGCCACUCAUAUACCUUCGACCGUGAAGCCACCGCUUGAUGUCAACGAUAAUGAACUUGUAGUUGGCUAUCACAUACCUGAAUCUCGAGAAGGACCGACUCAGAUGUCAUAUCUACUACUCAAGUUUGAGCUUUACGAUCUCUGCACGCGCAUCUGUAGCCACGUGUUUGAAUCCUCACGAACAGCCAGCUACGACAAAGUCCAGGCCCUCGAUGGAGAGAUAGUAGCGAUGCGAGAAAAGCUGAACUACAAAUAUCUCUUCGACGUCUCAAUUGCAGCCCACCACUCUGUCCAACUUAAUAUCCUCUUCGGCUACACGCACCAACUCACUCUCCUCCUCCACCGGCUGGUCCUGCGACAGGGCGCCUCUGGCUAUACUCGCGAGGACUGGCUUAGUUCCCAGGCUAAAUGCAUCGAGAGUUCAAAAGAUUUGCUUGGUAUACAUCAUGCGUUUCACGAAAAUCCAAACUUCCAUCCGUACCAGUGGUAUAACCGUGGACUGGGAAGUUUUCACGCAUUUCACGCUGCAGUGUGUCUUGCUCAUAUCUGCAUGAGUGGCAUAAAUCUCGAUUCCUCAACCAAGAAUUCGUUUCAGGAACUUAUUCGCGACUCACUUCAAGUGUUUCGGUAUUUCAUGGAAACCGGGAUCAGUGCGAUUUGUACUAAAGCAACCCCCAUUUUAGAAAAGCUAUUGAGUGUCAUGAAUACUCGUGACUCGAGCACAGGGUGUGAAUCUAUAUACCAUCCCUCCGAUUCGUCCCAUGGAAAUGAUGCAGAGCUAUUUGACGAGUAUAUCGAGAACCUGGCACCCCAGCAAUGGCUAUCUCCUUCCAAUAUGGGUUGGGAAGGUUGGGCCACAAUCUUAGAGCAUGGAUCUAUAGAAAAUAUAUUUUGA